AUGCCUUUCACAAACGACGCAACACUCCACGACAUUCAGCUGAACGAUAUUCAAGCGAGAGACAUGAGCCACGCCGAGCGUAUGAAAGAGCUCAUUGCUCGGCCGGCGCCGCCUGCUCCGUUUCCGGAAGAUCUACCUGAUCGAGCUCCUCAGCCCAAAUCAUGGUGGAGGAAGAGGAAGCUUCUUCUUGUGAUUUUCUUCGUUAUGGGUCUGAUAGCUCUCGGCGGCAUCGGUGUGCUCGCGUACCUCUACUACCGGGAGCAUUCGAACCUCGCAGCAGCCCACAGCAUGCAUCAGUCGCUGGAGUCCCAACUCAGUGAUGUGCGGGCACACCCAUUAAUCACCACCAUUACGGAAACAGCAAAAUCAACUGUUACGAACACCGAAACAGUAACACAGACCGAGGUCAAUACUAUCACGGUAUCCAGCAAGGUAUUCGAAACCGUCACGAUCACGACGGGACUCUCGGCUGGUGGUCAGAAGACCGCUACCGUCACGAAAGCAAUCACAGACACAGUCACCGUCUUCACCGCUCACUGGACUGUAGUAGCGACCGAAUGCCCUUUGUGA